GGCUGUGGUCUGAGAGCGCGGCUGCUUUGAGGGCGCGGAAGCCGUACGGUGUGGGGACUAGGGCUGGCAAGAGGGUGGGAAAACCGGCGAGAGAGGAGGGCGGUGCCGGGGAAGGGCGGCGCGUGGCUGACUCAUCCCUCUGGAAGAUCAGACUGACAGACACAAACCCUUGCCGAACCCGCCCGCCCGCGCCGCUCCUCUUUGGUUGGGAGGCGCCCGCCCGCACCGCCCGCCCGCCUUCUCCGGGAGCGCUCUCCCGGCCCGGCCGCCUCAGAGAAAGUUUUUGUCGUCGGGAGGGACCGGAGGCGCCGCGAGCCUUUGGGAAGGGAAGGAGGACUGAAGAGGAGGCUCCAGCCGCGCGGGCCCGGCGAGUGCAUGGUUCCUGGCGCCCCGGCUGCCUGUCAGGAGGACAUCGGGGCGGGGUCGGGCUGAGCCCAGCUCCUUCUUCCCGCGGGCUCGCCAGAAAUCGCCCUGCCGGACUGCCGCGGGGCGUCCCCGCUCCUCAGCCCGCCAUGUCCCGGCUGCUGCCGCUGCUGAGGAGCCGGACCGCGCGCAGCCUGAGGCCGGGCCCGGCCGCCGCGCCCCGCCCGCCGUCCUGGUGCUGCUGCGGGCGGGGGCUGCUGGCGCUCGCGGCCCCGGGCGGCCCCCGGGAGCUGGGCACCCACCCCAAGAAGGAGCCCAUGGAGGCGCUGAACACGGCGCAGGGCGCGCGCGACUUCAUCUACAGCCUGCACUCCAGCGAGAGGAGCUGCCUGCUCAAGGAGCUGCACCGCUUCGAGUCCAUUGCCAUCGCCCAAGAAAAAUUGGAAGCUCUACCACCCACCCCAGGACAGCUGAGAUAUGUAUUCAUCCACAAUGCGAUUCCUUUCAUAGGGUUUGGCUUUUUGGAUAAUGCAAUUAUGAUUGUUGCAGGAACCCAUAUUGAGUUAUCUAUUGGAGUUAUUUUGGGAAUUUCAACUAUGGCAGCUGCUGCUUUGGGAAACCUUGUGUCAGAUUUAGCUGGUCUUGGACUUGCAGGCUAUGUUGAAGCUUUGGCUUCCAGGUUAGGUCUAUCAAUUCCUGAUCUCACACCAAAGCAAGUUGACAUGUGGCAAACACGUGUUAGUACACAUUUGGGCAAAGCUGUUGGGGUGACUAUUGGCUGCAUUCUAGGAAUGUUUCCUUUGAUUUUCUUUGGAGGAGGUGAAGAUGAUGAAAAACUGGAAAAGAAAAAUUAACUCUCUUAGGAUACCUAUAAAAAGAUGUAAACUAAUGUACCUCAAUUAUUAAAUAUGCUGUCACAACAUUUAGGAAUUAAGACAGUAACAGUGCAUAGAUAAUGGGAUCAACUAAUUCAGCAUGUAUUAUGGAAAACACUAACUUAUUGUGGCUUGGUUUUCUUAGGACAUCUUUUUUAAAAAACUUUUGUGUAAAUUGUUGAAAUGCUUUUUCAUCAAUGGCAGUCAACAUUUUACCUUUUCUUUUUCUUUCUUUAUACACCAAAAUAUCAUUUAAGUAUCAGUCAUUGAUGUGCUGUGCUGACUUGGGGUUUGCCUAUUUGUUACUUACCAUGUGUACAUGCAUGAAAGCAUUUUCUGUUGUUGUUCCCUUAUAGUUACAAUUCAACCUUAAGAUUUUUUCCAAAUUACUGAAGAUGUUUAACAUCAGUUAAAGAUUUUUUUUACUCUUUUUGGCAACAUCAAUUUUGUACUGUUUCACAGUAAACAUUUACAAUCAUAUAAUUUCAGUCAUUUAAAAAAAACUCUCACAUCUAUUCAGAAUGGACAGAGACUUUAAGUAUUUUAAGUACCUAUCACUCAUUUUAAUUUUCAGACCUUAUUGUCUCAAGAGCCGGAGAUUAAUCAGGAUGAACAAUUAUGUGGUCUCCCUACUACAUAAAACCAUAUAUGUUAACAAGUGUAUUAUUUUGAGUUGGUUUUUUUACCAAUUUAAUUUCUCAGUUUUGAAUAAUACAUAGUGAUUUCUGACUCCUAAGGGAAAGUCAUUAUUUUAGAGUAUUUUUAAUGGGGAUUGUGGAAUUAAGGUGUGAACACUUGGAAAAUUAAGAGGCAAAAAAAUUUUUUUUUCACAGAAGUAUAAAAUGGAAACUGUCAAGAAGGUUUAUGGUAUGAGUGGUGAAGUUGAGGUGAUAUUUGUAAGGUUAAUAAAAUACAAAUAAUACUGUUUGGGAAGGCUUUUCUCCCCCCCAAAUGUCUUCUCAUCUGAAUUGAAUGAGUUUGAGUACUCAUAAUUUUGACAUUGUUAUAACUUCUUUAGCGGAUUUUAUUUCUGGAUAACUUCUUUUGAGGUGAAAAAUAAAUAUUUUAUGUUUUGCUUUUUGGUAUAUAUAGCCUAGUGGUCAAAAGACAUAUGAGGAGAAAUUCUUUCUCCCUUUUUUGGUCCCUUUUCUUUUUUUGUGGUCUUUAAAUCAUAUUUUAGAUUGAAGUUACUUAUGUCCAGUCUUGUGUAUCUGAUUUAGGCAUAGAUAGGAUUCAUAUCUAUACUUGUGAAUCAUAAAUUUUAAUUUUAUGAACCCUUAAAGUUUGUUAGCAUGUGGUCUGUUACACAGGCUAAAAAAUUACUCUUAACUGUAAGAGUAGUUGAACACAUCAUGGGGGAGAAAAACAGAAAUUAAAGUUACUAUUUGGGCCGCUGAAAUUAUUAAUUUUGCUAAAUAGAUGCAAAAGAAGGGAAACUUAAAGAUGGCUCUAUUUACAGCUACCUUAUUUUUAAAGUUUUAUUUGCACAUAUUUACUUUGAGGUCUUAUUUUCAGAGGAGCUGUUUUUUCUCACAAGGCAAUUUGUCAUAAAUUCUCUUCUGUGUACUUCAAAAUGGUUUUAGUGGUGUCCUUUAAUCAUAGAAUAUAAAAAUAAAUAUAUAACAUUCUUAUUAUGUACAAAUACUAUGACAGUCUCAUUUGAUCAAAUUAGAAUUUUAAAACUUAACAUUUUAAAUAGAACUGUGGUUUGUAUCUUCCACAUAAUACCACAGACACACCAAAAUUUUUAUUUUAUUAUUUCAGAUGAUAGGAUUAGAGUGAUUAUUUUUUAAAAAAAAAUUUUUUUUUUUGGGUAAAUGUUUAAGUGCUUUUGUCCCUAACUGUAUUGCCAGUCCUUUCUGUUCUCUAAAAACAUAUUUUAUUGUGGUGCUUAAAUUUUCUUUUUAUUAAUUAAAUCCCAUAUCCAGAAACUUUGCCUGUGAGUUUAGAAAGGGCAUUUGAUGAGUGCUUUCAUUUUUUUUGCUCGUGAAAAUAACCCAGUCCUACAGAAUCUUUUUAGCUGAGCGUCUGUAGAAUUAUUUAAAAUGUCAAAAUAUGGAACAUAUAACCUUCAUAUUGAAAAGUAUUUUAACUUAUGGACACAAUAAAAAUUUGCAUCAUUCAGGUAAUUAGUUAAAAAAAAAAUGGAGCCCAUUUGUCCUUAAACUAAGGUACACAUUUUUUUCAAGAUCUUAUUCUAUACUAGUAUGGUGCUUUGCACAAAGUGACUUCUGAAAAAUGGUUCCCUUUAAGAUAAUGACUUCAUAUAACCAUUGUUUCAUAUUACUUGUCACGAGGAAUUUUAUUUCAGAUUGAAACUGGAAUUCUUAUUUCUCAUAUUAGCUGUUUCUUUUUUGGGAGCAACUAUAACUAUGGUUAAAUGCAACGUGAGCUGUGUCAGUACUCUUUGUUUGAAAUUCAUGUUGUCUGUGUAUUAUGAUUUAUUGACUUGUUUAUGCAUGUAAAUUGGGUGCAUUUUGUUGGCACUGUAUGUUAAGUGGUGACCAAUGUUUUUACAAAGGAAUUGAACAAAGAAAAAUACCUUUUAAGAAAUUUUGGAAUGUGGUUUUGAUUUUGAAAUUUGAUUUUCUUCCUAAUCUCAGAAAACCCUGGUUAUUCUGUAGCUUAAAAGAAAUAGGAUUAAUAAAUGCAGAUUUGUUACAGGGUUGUAGCAGUGACACUGAGACAGUAAAAUGGAACUAUUUACCAUUUCCCUGAAGUCCACACUUGAGAUACAACAUUACACAUUAUGAGAGAAGGAUGAUUCCCAUAUUGAGAUAAUUUGAUCUUUAAUAGGAUGUCAAAAAAGCUUUAGAUAGAGAGAUUGGCGAAAAUUACACUGAUGGGUAUUUAUUUACAGCAGAGAUACCCAAGCCUUCUAUGUAAUAACACCCCAUUUACUUUACUCCGUUUUUCCAGAAGGUGAAUUUUGAAGGUAAUGAAAGUUUUAUCUUUUACACCAAAAGUUCAGGUAAACCAUUUUGAAGUAAAUCUUCCUAAUUUUAGAAUUAUAUUUUCUUGCCAUCUUACGAGUGUAUUAAAUGUAAUAUAAUAUAAUCUUUUUCUUAGUGGCUAAGUGUCAUCUUUAUGGACAUUGUUAUUGUGCUGUAAUGCAGUACCUUGGGAAUCUGGUUUUUAUAGUUUUUCAUUUUCCUCCCAUUUUUUUGCUGCUGUCACUUCUGGCAAUUGCUCUCUCUCUCUUUAAUUUGCUGCUUCUUGGUUGUGUGGACUUAGAAGCUAGAUAGUCAGUCUUACCCAUAAAUUAUUUGGGAAAUAUUAGAAAAUAGUCUGUGGAGCCCGAGUGAGAUGAUGAUGUCAAUGAUGAUGAUGAUGGUAAAUACAAUGUUAGCUCCCUUUUAUUAAGUACUUAUUUGUUGCUAUGUACUGUAGUAUUUUACAUACAUAAUCACAUUUAAUCACUGUAAUAACAAUGUUAAGUUGGUGCUGUUAUCAUCCCUAUUUUGUAUCGGGUGAAUUGAGACGUGGAAAGGUUAGUUUGCCCAGGGUGUCACUAUUCAUAAGUGGAGUAGAGUCUGGUUUUGUCCAGGUGUGAAGUCUGUGUUCUGAACAACUUACUAUGCAGUUGGGACAUCAGUUGCAUGGACUCUGUAACGUCUGUUCUCUGUUCAGUUUCCUUUCUGCCUCUAUAUUUAUGGAGUUAUUUUCUCACUUGCAACUUAAGGGAAUUGUACUUAAAAUCUCCAAGUCCAUUGAACAAAUCUUGUGUUUUUGGUUGCAUAUUAUGUACUAGGAACUGUUCAAGGCUCUGAAUGAACAGCCAGAACAUCCGUAUUCUCAUGAAGGUUAUUCUGUGGGGGGCAUGAGUUGGGGAGGAGAAUAUAGGAAAGCAAAUGUACACUUAAAUAGUGGUGAUAAGUUCUGCAGAGAUAAAUGAAACAAGGGGGAUAGAAAGUACCGGUGGUCAUACGUGGGUGCUUAUUUUUAUACAGGGUGGUCAGGGAAGACCUGAAAGAAGUGAGAACAUACACAGCACAGAUAUCUGGGAAGAGAAGGUAUCACGCUACAUUCUAGGAGGUUGGUGUUAAGAAAAUCCCCACCAUAUGAAAUAUAUUUCAGUUUGGAAUGCAUUGUAAGAUUUUUUUUUUUUUACUGAAGUAUAGUUGAUUUACAAUGUUGUGUUAGUUUCAGGUGUACAGCACAGUGAUUCAGUUUUAUAUAUAUAUAUAUAUAUAUAUAUAUAAUUUUUUUUUCAGAUUCUCUUCCCUUAUAGCUUAUUAUAAAAUAUUGAGUAUAGUUCUCUGUGCUAUACAGUAGGUCCUUGUUGGUUAUCUAUUUUAUAUAUAGUAGUGUGUUUAUGUUAAUCCCAAACUCCUAAUUUAUCCCUCCCUGCCUCCUUUCCACUUUGGUAACCAUAAGUUUGUUUUCUAUGUCUGUGGGUCUGUUUGUUUUGUAUAUAAGUUCAUCUGUAUCUUUUUUUUAGAUUCCACAUAUAAGCCAUAUCAUAUGAUAUUUGUCUGGCUUACUUCACUUAGUAUGAUAAUCUCUAGGUGCAUCCAUAUUGCUGCAAAUGGCAUUAUUUCAUUCUUUUUUAUGGCUGAGUAAUAUUCCAUUGUAGAAAUAUACCACAUCUUCUUUAUUCAUUCGUCUGUUGAUAGACAGUUAGGUUGUUUCCAUGUCCUGGCUAUUGUAAACAGUGCUGCAAUGAACAUUGGGGUGCAUGUAUGUUUUCGAAUUAUGGUUUUCUCCGGAUAUAUGCCCAGGAGUGGGAUUGCAUGUAAGAAGUUUCCUUGUUUGUUUUGAUUAUUCAUGUUUUCUGCAUUAAGCCUAAAUAUUAAUAUUUAAAUAUUAAUAUUAAUGCCCUGCAUAUUUACUUACAGUAGUAAAUGGAAAUGACUCAGAAGCAUGGGGAAGCUAUCCUAGAAUUCAUAAAGUCAGUGGAUAACCAACCUAUCAGCAAGUAAUUUAGGGUUUGUUGUGUGCUCAUAAUGAAACCUUACUAACAGAUCACUUGUUUUUACCAAAGUAAUAAAUGUUAUUGACAUAUGGGUUGUAACACUGAAAUUAGUUUUUCUCCCCUGAGGUUUAGAAAUGAAGUAGUAAUUAAAGCAGGAACUUGUAACAUUUUAAUUUUGAAGCUUCAGAACUUUCAGGAUCUAUUGAUCUUAUACUGACAGCCGUAUGAAGCACAUGGUGUUUUGUAUUGGUAUUUAUAUGAAAUUUUAUGAUGUCAUACCUAGGUUAAUGCUAUUGAUAAGUUUAUGAAUGAAAGAAAUUUCAGCAAUUUUUUAUUGACUUUUAAAGAUUAAAAAGAUGGAGUAGGCAUAUGGUAGAUUAUAUAAUUUCUCCACAACUACAAGUCAAACCUUUGUUUAAAUGAGUAAAAUGUGAGAAUGGUGACUGAAGAGUUAAACUCAAAGGAACUACUUUCAGGGGGAGAUGGGGGGAACCCUCAAAAACUGUACAAUAAAGGAAUUUUCUGUGAGAACUGUGAAA